AUGGGCCAGAAACAGUUCAAGAUAGGCCGCAAAAACAUGAGCGGUCACUACGAUGUCGAAUCGACCGACGGCCGCCACCUCUACUAUGUCGACAUGUGGAGCCUGGGCUCCGGAAAGCCCGACUUGACCAUGCAUGAUGGCCCUGACAACAAGUCUCCCAUCGUCGCCGUGUGCCAUAUGCCUGCCCUGUCCAACAGCUUCAAGAUUGGCCUCGGCGACCUUUCGCGACUCGACGCAAUGGUAUGGGAGGAGCUUGCUAAGGAGCGCCUCACGAAGGCGGGGUGGCGUUGGGCGACGGAUCUUCCCGACGGGACACGGGCUAAUCUCAUAUGGAAGCGCACCAAGUGCGCUGCCGUGGAUGGCAUGACGGUGCCCUCGAUGAGCUCUCGCAACUUCAAGCUUCAGGACGUGCAGACUAGCGAGGUACUGGCCGUAUUUACCAGCCAGAGGACAUACCGGACCUGUGGCGUGCUGCAGGUGAACGUGGACCAUGGCCACACGUUCGAGCUCAUGGUGCUGGCAACGUGUCUGACGUUGUACGAGGAGUCGCGGCGCGAGGCCCAGAGAUCGUGGUCCGGAGGGUCGUAG